UCGAGACGUUGUUUUUUCCGGAUCUCCUUCGACAGACACUGUUUUUUGACGAUAUUCUGUUACAUUCCUGGACACUGGUUGAAUUCGACGAAAUUAACAAGUGUACGUGCGUGUGUGCGCGUGUAUGUUCAAACAGAAAAAUGUUUUGGCAAAUCAGUAAAGUGGGUGAAUUGCAUAUCCUAAUGCUUGCUUCAGUACAUCUCAUUAGAUACGCAGAAUGUAUAGCUGAUCAUGAUAUAGAGAUUCCAGGACAACAGCGUAUCCUAUCAUACCGUACUAAAGAGUGUUCCGGUUAUUGUGUGAUGUAUAACCUAUGCCAAGACAACAAGAUCAUCCCCCCCGGUACCGGAAAGAUCUUCCCACCUGCUCACAAAGAGCCCGAAUGUCCACAUCCAUGGCUUGUGUGCUGUAAAAAACGCCCCAAUCGAAACAGACCUCCAACGAGCACGAUCGAGCCACCCUUGCCGGUCACUGGUGAAGUAUCAGAUCGAUCAACCUGUGGCUUCCGUAGCAGGAAAAACUUGUUCCCAUGGGCGGUGAUCAUUUACCGGGAGGAGCGGGACUUCCCGGAAAAUAAACUGUUCUACGAGUGUGGUGGUUCCUUGAUCGCACCGAAGUUUGUCCUCACGGUGGCCCUUUGCGUGCAUGACAAACAGCAGGAGCAACUCGUGGUACGCGCGGGCGAAUGGGCUGCACAGAGUGCGCAAUACAGCUAUCAGGACCGUCGAGUGGCCCAGCUCUUCACACAUAUGGGGAUUAUGUACCGCCCAUUGGUAAACGAUCUUGUCCUGGUCUACCUCUCCGAACCGUUCCAGCUGGCGGACAACAUACAACCGAUCUGUUUCCCGCCGAAGGGAACACACUUAGAUAGGUACGAUUGUUUCACGGUCGGUUGGGGCAUCGUGCCAUCCCGCGGCGUACCCUGGUAUCAGGCGAAUUUGACAAGGGUACAGGUACCGGUUAGGCCGCACGAUAUCUGUCAGCAUCUGUUGCCUCCGAAGCGACCCGUACAGCCGUUCCUGUGCGCUGGUGGCUUUGUCGGACGGGAUAUGUGUCUCGGUAACUUGACCGGAUCUCCCCUGGUGUGUCCCAUUCCGGGCUCGCCACACCACUACUUCCAGGCGGGCAUUGUCGGGUGGCCCAACGGGUGUGAUGAUAAUGGCACUCCCGGUAUAUUCCUCGAUUUGGCGUACUACCGUGACUGGAUUGAGUGGCGGUUAGUACGAAGUACUAUUCUAGAAACAAACAGUAUUGUUAUAUGUUCUUUCGGUGUAGCGCCAAGCAAGCCAUAAGUAUGAUGAGUACGCAAUUAAUUAUCAUAUUGCACGGGGCCCUACAUGCAACACGUGCUUUGGUGAUCGCGCUGGCUCAGUUAAAAUGGAACGCUCUAUUGUACGCGUCCAUAAGAAACGCAGCACUUUUUUACGAUGUUUAUGAGUGAAAUAGUGAACAAAUGGGGAGAAUACAUAUUAUAGCCUGCUUAUCACAGAACUGCGUUAAUUAUCUAGAGCGAUAGCUGAAAAAGGUUCAUCUUUGCCAUUCAAAGUAAUAAGAAUAAUAAAAUAUAAAAGGAGAGUAAUAAUAAUAAUAAUAAUAA